UCCUUAGUACCUGAAACAGAAUCGGGCGUUUUUUUACGUUUUAACCUUCGCGACGGUUUAAUUUUAUUAAUCGAAAAUUAUCAAUCAAUAGAGAACAACAAACGAUGAAACUACACGCACAAUUUUAAACGUAUCUAUAGGAUAAUUUUAUGUUGCAUUCAUGUGAUAUGGAUUUCGGGAUGAACAUAUAAUUUCCACCCAAAAAGGAUUGCAUCCUGGAAAACCAUGGUAGAUCUAGGAGGCUAUGUCAUAAUAUUGGUUGAAACUAAGGACAAGCGCAUCAAAUUAUACGGGUCACCUGCUGAUAAAGACAAUUUGGAGGUUGGAGACGAAAUUCUUGAGGUUAAUGGAAAAACCUUAGAGGAAGCUACGCAUACAGAGGUUAUCAGUCAUAUUCAUCAGUGUAUAAGAUCGAGGACAAUAUGCCUUCGCGUCAAGAGAAGAACUGCUCCACGUCUAGCUUUGGACCUAGACUUGUGCUCGAGCAACGUUCAAGAUGCUUUCGUCAUUGCGGUCGAACAGCAAGCCAGAGAACGUCUGCAGAGGCUAUCCGCUCUCAAACGUAUCACGCCUGUGGACAUGACGAAACUUUCGAAAGAGUUGAAUCAGCAAGCAAACUCAACAAGCGAGGACCUCAACGGCUUCAUCCAGAACACCCCAAUUUACGUUACAUCAUUGACAUCCACAGAAAAUACAAACAACAACUCCACCGCAAACAAGUCGGUAGGCGGCGUUAUUGCCACCAAUACUGCUGAAACGAAAGAAGUGUCACUCAACUCCUCCAAUCAGCUUCCCAACAGCAGUGCCGAAGAACCAAGUGAUCUUAAAUCGAACAAUUGUGCGAAACAAGUGCCGAACGACGUGCGAGUGUUGAAUUUCAGUGAUAGUCAACCCGAAUCUUCGGAUCUUGCGCAGCAGCAACAACAGCCGGAAGGACUUCGGCUGCAGGACAGGAGGGUCUCCUCACCUUUUCAGAAUGGACGUACGGAGUUGCUGUUAGGAGCAGAUGAUAACAAACUGAAAACUACAGCUAUUAUCGAAAGCAAUAACAACAAUAAUAAACUAGGAAUCGACGGAGAAUUGAGGCCACGAAGAAGAUCUGGCAGCAGUAUAGUUGUACUAGACGGAGACUUAGAUCCUGUGAAGAAGCCUCCGGACGACUUAGAUGAAAACGAUUAUAACAGCAUGGUGAUGAUGUUAUCAGGCGAUGGACCGCAUAGAGAAAUGGCGGUCGAUGUUCCUGAAAGUUUCGUGGCUAGGAAUAAGACGCCUCCAAGGUAUCCUCCACCAAAACCAGCCUUAACAGUAGCUUAUGACCGACUUUUGGGGGUAACAUUCAAUGAAACCGACCAGGAACGUGCUGUAGAUGUCCCCGAAAAUUUUAUCGAAAGAAAAAAAACUCCCCCAAAAUAUCCGAUAUCCGUAAACACGGUCAAGAGUGGUCUCAAUGGAAGUGCCACCACACCAAAUUCUAAACCAGUACCACCUCCAAGGGAUCAUCUCAAAAUAGAGAAAGAUGGCCGACUAGUCAACAGAGCUCCAGCUCCUCAGCUACCUGCAAGAAUAACAAAUAAUAACAACAACAUCACAGCUAUGACUCCAGCAACACCUACAGCUGUUACAGAACCUACCAGAGAGCAACUCAACAGCAUCAAAAAAUAUCAGGAACAAAUCAGAAAGAGAAAGGAAGAAGAAGAAAGAAUAGCUGCUCAAAACGAAUUCCUCAAUAGGUCAUUACGAGGAUCGAAAAAAUUACAGGCGCUGGAAAGUAGAAGUCAGGGAACUAUCAACGAUGCUUAUUCAGAUGAUGAACUGGGAGAAUCGUCAGGUUCCGUCACACCUACGGUGGCAUCGGAAAAAGAAAUUGUUCACACCACAUACAGUUACGGGGAUCUUGUGGCGGCAGUGCAACGUCUGCAGUUACAACUUAAGAAAGCUGGCGCUGGUGGCGGACUGAGCGGUAUCGACGGAAGGGUAGCUGCUGUGCAGUCGCUUCUUCUAUCGCCACAGUUUGGAAAGGCCUUAGCGGUGCACAAUAAGGUGCAAGCAGUGCGUACCAGGACUAUCCCAAGGCCGCAGAGUAAUGCUCAAGCUGCCCUCAGAGACUGCCUUGACGCCCUUGCUAAUCUGCAAACUGCCUAUGCUGUAGAACUGGCGACACUACUUACAGGGUAUGAGUUUGAAGCUCUUAUGGUUGCUCAUGAUGGAGUGAUUUCGACGCUACCGCCAGAUACUACUGUGAACGCAUCACCCCAACCUUCACAAAACACAAUAAGAUCGACGGUGUCGGAUCAUAGGUAUGGGGAGGAGAACAUUAAAAUCAUCAAAAUUGAAAAGAGUACCGAGCCCCUUGGUGCUACAGUACGAAAUGAGGGAGAUGCAGUCGUAGUAGGCCGGGUAGUCAGAGGAGGUGCCGCCCAUCAGAGUGGACUCCUGCACGAAGGUGACGAGAUCCUGGAAGUAAAUGGAGUAGAAAUGAGGGGCAAAAGUGUAAAUACUGUCUGUGAUAUUCUGCAAAGUAUGGAUGGCGAGUUAACCUUCCUCAUCGUGCCAGCUUCUCAAGCGAAAUCUUAUUCUGGAAGAGAUUCUAUUCUACACGUAAGAGCUCAUUUCGACUAUGAUCCUGAAGACGAUAUGUACAUUCCCUGUCGAGAAUUGGGCAUCAGCUUUCAGAAAGGUGACGUCCUUCAUGUGAUAAGCCAAGAGGAUCCAAACUGGUGGCAAGCAUAUAGAGAAGGUGAAGACGACCAAACUCUUGCAGGACUCAUCCCCUCCCAAACAUUCCAACAUCAGCGGGAGAGUAUGAGAUUGGCUGCAGAAGAAAGGAUGUCCAAACCUCAGAGAAAAUCUUCUACUCUUUUAUGUGGUAAAACUGCAAGAAGAAAGAAGAAGAAAGGCGCCUAUAGCGAAGGUGGAUAUCCUAUGUAUUCUAACGCCGUCGAGGAUUAUGAUCCUGAUGAAAUCUUGACGUAUGAGGAGGUAUCGUUGUAUUAUCCAAGAGCAAAUAGUAAGAGACCGAUAGUUCUGAUUGGACCACCGAAUAUUGGAAGGCAUGAGCUGAGGCAGAAGCUUAUGGAAGAUGCGGAGAGAUUUGCUGCAGCUAUUCCUCAUACGUCCAGAGCUAGAAAGGAGAAUGAGGUUGACGGUCAAGACUACCACUUCAUCACAAGGGCGCAAUUCGAAGCAGACAUCCUAUCGAGAAAAUUCGUAGAACAUGGCGAAUUCGAGAAGGCUUAUUACGGUACUUCCUUGGACGCAAUUAGGUCGGUGGUGAACUCAGGAAAAAUAUGCGUCCUGAAUUUGCACCCUCAGAGCCUCAAGAUACUCAGAACUUCGGAUCUGAAACCUUACGUAGUAUUUGUGGCCCCACCAAGUCUGGAAAAAUUGCGACAGAAGAAAAUUAGGAGUGGAGAAUCGUUCAAGGAGGAAGAAUUGAAGGACAUCAUAGAGAAAGCACGCGAAAUGGAGGAUAAGUACGGUCAUUUCUUCGAUAUGGUCAUCAUAAACAAUGACACAGAAAGAGCUUAUCACCAACUCUUAGGCGAAAUAAAUAGCCUAGAGAGGGAGCCGCAAUGGGUACCUGCAGCUUGGGUCAAAGUGACCUAAAUAUAAAAAUUCACCUUUCCCUAAGGUUGUUCGAGUAACCCCAUUCAAAAAUAGACAAACCCGACUGAAAACAAUUUAGAAAAGAUGUACAUAAGAGAUUUUAUAAGUCGACUGAUCUAUUUUAAAGUGAUUAAUUAUAUCAGAAAUCAAAUUAAUUCACAAUGAGUGAGUUGUGAAAGGAAA